AUGGCUCCCAACAAGUCUGGAAGUCUGGAGUCUCAAGGCUUCUUCUUCAUCCUCAGAUUGACCUACCUAGUGCUUGGAUUGGCUGUGAGUGAAAUCGAAUUGGUGACAUUUGAAGAUGUAGCCAUUGACUUCACCCAGGAAGAGUGGAGCCUGCUAGACAAGUCCCAGAAAAACCUGUUCAGAAAUGUGAUGAUGGAAAUUAUCACACACCUGGUCUCUGUAGGCUAUCAGAUCAGCAAAUCAGAUGUGAUUUCCCAGCUGGAACAAGGAAAAGAGUUGUGGAGUGAAGCAGGAGGCUUCCAAGGUCAGAGACCAGGCAGUGAAAGACCCCUUAGACAACAAGAAAUGAUACUCAUGCCAAGUGUCUACAGGAAGCACAUAUCCCCUACCAUGGCAAUAGUUUCUCACUCGCAAGGGAAUUCUGCUGGAUGUACUGAUCUGAGUGAUGAAUUUACUACUACAUCUUCACCUCAAUAUUCAACAGUUCCCUUAAAAAGGAAACAUAAUGUCAGCAAACAGUGUGAAAAAUCACUUAGUCAAGGUUCAUUCCUUAAUGGACAGGGUCACAUUCACAUUAGAGGUAAAUCAUGUCAAUGUGCUCUGUGUGGAAAAGUCCAUAGUAAUUGCUUUAGACUCAGAGGACACAAGAUAAUUCACACUGGAGAGAAACCAUUCAAAUGUCAACACUGUGGGAAAGUCUUCAGUCAAAGAUUCUCCUUGAAAGAGCAUGAGAGAACUCAUACAGGAGAGAAGCCCCAUGAAUGUCCUCUAUGUGGGAAAGCCUUUAAUAAUUACUCUAGCAUCAGCAGACACAAGAAGAUUCACACUGGGGAGAAACCAUUCAAAUGUCAACUCUGUGGGAAAGUCUUCAAUCAAAGUUGCUCCUUGAAAGAUCAUAAGAGAACUCAUACAGGAGAGAAGCCCUAUAAAUGUCCUCUAUGUGUAAAAGCCUUUAGUAGUUGCACUAGCCUCAGCAAACACAAGAGGAUUCACACUGGAAAGAAACCAUUUGAAUGUCGACUGUGUGGAAAAAUCAUCAAUGGAAGAUUCUCCUUGAAAGAACAUGAGAAAGCUCACAGAGGAGAGAAUGGCUAUGAAUGUCAUCAGUGUGGAAAAGUCUUUAGUCAUUGCUCUAGGCUCAUAAGACACAAGGUGAUUCACACUGGAGAGAAACCAUUCAAAUGUCAACAGUGUGGGAAGGUUUUCAAUCAAAAUUCCUCCUUGAAACAACAUGAGAAAAGUCACACAAAAGAGAAGACUUACGAAUGUCAUCAGUGUGGGAAAGUCUUUAGUAGAUGUGCCAGCCUCAAGAGACACAGCAUGAUUCACACUGGAGAGAAACCAUUCAAAUGUCAACUGUGUGGGAAAGUCUUCAGUCGAAAUUCCUCCUUGAAAGAACAUGAGAGAACUCACACAGGAGAGAAGCCCUAUGAGUGUCAUCAGUGUGGGAAAGCCUUUUCUCAAAGAAGGGACCUUAAUUCACACAGUAAAAUUCACACUGGAGAGAAACCAUAUCUAUGUCUUGAGUGUGGGAAGUUCUUCCGCUAUAGUUCGGGGCUUUCUAUGCACAAGAAAAUCCACAGAGGAAUGAAAGCACGUUUGCCUUGUGUGUAA